UCUGCUUCCUCCUGGGGACAGUACACCCCAUCCUGUAGCUGGUGGCCCAGUCUGGCGAGACCCGUGGACCCGCAGAGCACGCAGAGCACGACUUCCGAAGGCGAAGUCCACCGCCCUGAGGGCUCCAUGGCCAGUCCUGGACUCUGCAGGCUCAGUGGGCGUGGCGUGCGGAGCCACACUGCCUUUGGGACACGAUCUACGACAGUAACAUCCUAACUUUCAAAGUUCUGUGGCAAGCCGCUUGUCAACAAGGGCUCGCUCAGUGGGAGAGCAAGACCAAAGAGCCUCGUGGCCGCGCAGCACCGCUUCCCAGCUGACUGCUUUCUCCUGUGCUCCUACCCACUGCUGACUUAGGCUUCUCAACCACUGAAUGGUAAGGUGUCACAGAGCCCGGUAUAAGAUGAGUUCUUUUUAAUAUUGAAAAGAAACAUUGAUUCUCAAAUAAAGCUCCCUCUUCUGCCCCGUCAGUCCGUCAUGGGUGUUGGGAAGUCUAAACUAGAUAAGUGCCCUCUUUCUUGGCAUAAAAGAGACAGUGUGGAUGGCGAUCAAGGCUGCCAUGAGUCAGACUCCAAGAACUCUGAGAAUGCGUCCUCGCCUGCUUUUGUGGUGCAUAGCAAUGGAGUAGAACAGCCAAUAGGGGAGCAGGACAGACCCGAGGCAAAGGGGGAGGGGCAUGAGGAGCAAGCUGAAGAAGAGUUCCUCAAAUUUGUGAUACUGCACGCAGAAGAUGACACCAACGAGGCCCUCCGAGUCCAGAAUCUACUGCAAAACGACUUUGGUAUCAGGCCUGGGAUAGUCUUCGCCGAGAUGCCAUGCGGAAGACUGCACUUGCAGAAUCUAGACGAUGCGGUAAAUGGGUCCGCCUGGACGAUCUUGUUACUGACUGAGAACUUCUUAAGAGACACCUGGUGCAACUUCCAGUUCUACACUUCCCUGAUGAAUUCUGUGAACAGGCAACACAAGUACAAUUCCGUCAUACCUAUGCGGCCCCUGAACAGUCCUCUUCCCAGGGAAAGGACUCCGUUGGCGCUGCAAACCAUCAAUGCCUUAGAGGAAGAAAGCCAAGGCUUUUCCACACAAGUGGAGAGGAUUUUCCGGGAAUCUGUGUAUGAGAGGCAACAAAGUGUAUGGAAGGAGACACGAAGUGUGACACAGAGACAGUUCAUUGCCUGAAAUGGAGCAUGCACCCGGCUCCUGUUUUGUAAACAAAAUGGCUCACCUUCACUUAAGAGAGUGGUUUCUAAGAAAUGCUUAGAUGUGAGUCUGCUUCCAAGAAAUCUGUGGCUCGCAAGAAAGGUACAUUUCUGCAGCCUUAGGAUUGUGGUACUUUCAAAUGAUAAACUCAAGACUGUCAGAGUUUCUGGCACUUUUCUUAUAGUUUUCACAGUUCAUGAAUAUUCUUAACUCAUUUCUUGUGUUGAACCAGGCAUUUUCAAAAUACGAUAUUGAAAAUUCUCAAAAGACAUGAUGAAAAUGGCUCUGGCUGGAGCAGGUCUGACCACCUCCCUUCCUGCUUCUCUCAUGAAUUUUAAAUACCACAAAGCAUCCUAGCGCUGUCACACAGAAACAUGGGUGGCCAGAAUGGGACAUGUGCAGUAUAGGAGUAGUAAAUAGGAGAUCAGAUAUAGACUUCGGGCUGGGCACAAGUAGCACUCGCCUUUAGUCCCAGCACUCAGGAGGCAGAGGCAGGAAGAUCUCUCGAGUUCAUUCGCCAGCCUGGCCUAUAGAGUGAGUUCCAGGAUAUCCAGAGCUACAUAGAGAAACAAUAUCUUGAAAAAAAAUUAGAAUUAGUCAAAACAGUCAGGUUUUGGGAAAUAAUCCAGCCAUGUGUGGUUUUAUUUCUGCUGGAAUUCGGAACUAGAUCCUACCACAAAUUGGCAAUCCUUUCGAGAAUGUGAUAGAGGGACUCUGGGGAGAUGGGUCCCCAUCUUGUUAGGUGUCUUCUGUGACCAGGGCUUUAAUUCUUGUGAAUUUAAAGCUUGUGAAAAAUAUGCAACUCAUCAGCUCUUUGCUUUUAAAAUCAAUAACCUCUCACGUUAGCCUUUAGAAUGUCCCUUGAGUGUUUAACUCAGGGAAUGUUUCUUAGCUAGGGCAGUGUGUGUGUAUGUGUGUGUGUUUGUGUGUGUGUGUGUGUGCUCGCACACUCGCACGUGCGUGCACACGCGUGUGCCAGGGAGGGCCACAUAGACCUGUACCUUUCCCUCAUAGAACUUCAACCCAUUUGAGACUGUCAAACAAGUACAGACUGGGAGUGUGACUAGGGGUGAGUCACAUCAAAUAAUGAGGAAGUGCUGCUUGGGGAGCAGGAGACCUACUUGCAGUCCAAUCUCUGCCACUGAGGAUGAAUGUGCCAGUGGGCAGCUAUUCUCCUUUGUCUGUGAAAUAAAAGGGUUGGAUUAAUGGAUCUCUAAAGGCUUUUGUCCUUUCCCAAGAUGGGAAAAACCGAAGCCAGAAAGCAAUAAGCAGAGCCUUAAACUUUUAUGAGGUGACACACAAUGUAAUCAUUGUAGAAGACAUAAUGCAUGUUUACAACAAGUAGAUAUUUUUGUAUAUUUGCAUCCUCAUUGAUAUUUACUGCAGUCACAGGAAAGAAUUACUAUAUAUCCCUACUUGGGUCUUUGGGUUCAGUUUUGUACAGCAUCUCAUAUGUAGUCCUGGCUGGCCUGAAACUGACAAUAGACCAGUUUGGCAUCAAACUCACAGAUCCACCUGACAAUGCUGAGAUUAAAGGUGUGCACCACCACAUCCUGCUACUCAGGUUUUUAAAAGACAUAUAUUUUUAUAGGAACUCACGAACAAACACCUUCUUCCUAGUUUGUGUGUCUCCUGAUCCUCUUCUCUGAAUCCGCAGCUGCUGCUGUUCGUUUCUUAUAGCUGAAAGCUACUGUGCCACACAGUCAGACCUCUUGUUCAGUUCUCAGAGAGGUGACUGCUUUCAUAGCAUUUUCUUGACCUUCUUUGCCAUGGUAACUUACUACUUAGCUUUGAGUCUGUUGUUGUUAUUAUUAUUGUUAUUAUUAUUAUUAUUACUACCACAAUGCUUACUACAUCUCAAGCGUCAGGUAAUGAUAAAACAUUAACCACCCAUCCUUCACAUGCCUGCCAAACUGAGACUGAUGCUCGCCGUCACUUCUUCAAUAAAUGUUUUUAUUCUUUAUGGUUGACUAACCAUCAUUCUCAUCUCCAGUGAAGACUGUGAAAAAGUAUUCUGAGAAAUGUCAACCCGUGCCUGUCAGAUAAUGUGGCAUGAUGUCCCAGGCAAUCUGGAGUUCCGCAUUUUUUCUUGCGAUGAAAAAGUAAAUUUUAGGUGCUGAG